CAGUGAGCACAGGACCCACUGAACCACCCACCACCUGCCCUGACCUGACUGCUCCGACCAAUGGAAUGAUCAGCUACAAUAUUGGAUCCCCUAACAACAGACCUAUCUUUUCUGGAGCUAACUACAGCUGCAACCCUGGCUACACUCUCAUUGGAGGGAGCACCACCAGGACCUGUGUGAGUAGAGGGAUCUGGGAUGGGACACCUCCAACUUGUCAAGAUACCCUGUUCUGACUUACCCUCACUGGCCAAUGGGAUGAUCACCUACAGUGCUGGAUCCCGUGACGACAGACUAGUGGGCAGUGCAGCUACUCACUCUUGUAACAAUAGCUACCGUCUUGUUGGAGAGGCAGUGAGGACUUGUGUGAGUGGGGGUACCUGGAGUGGGUCAGCUCCAGUGUGUCAGCGACCUUGUUCUGAUUUACCACCACUAAUGAAUGGAGCCAUUACCUACACUGAUGGACUUGCUGACAGCAGACCUAUUAAUACCAUUGCUACCUUCAGUGACAAUGGCUACACUCUCUCUGGAGGGAGUUUCAGACAAUGUCAGAAUGAUGGGACCUGGAGUGGGUCAGCUCCAACCUGUCAAUUACCGCCUGUCUACGUCUCCAUGGGAACCACCAACUAUGCUGUUAUGAACUCACAGGUUGCCAUAGACACCAUCGGAGAUACCACUGAGACAGCAUUGACUUGCAGAACUGACUCAACUAUUUGCUGUACAGGACAAGAUAAUCCCAAUAGUGCCAAUGGAUUAGGAGAAUGGCUACUACCAAAUGGAACAGCUGUCACAAGGAGUCUGGACAUUAAUGAUUCAAACACUGAUCUAGUGUACAGUGUUGGAGAUACAGGUGCACUCAGACUCCAUCGUCGAGGGUCUGUGUCAGGCCUCACUGGCUCCUACUGCUGUGUGAUUCCUGAUAACACUGGGGUCAUCCAAGCCUUCUGUGUGCAGUUAGUGAUUGUUGAAGUCAUCACUACCUCUCCUCCCAUUACAACCUCUACUGAUGAGAGCUCUCUCUGUCAGAGUGACAACACUGGUGCUGUGGUGGGAGGAGUGGUGGCCCUGGUAGCAAUGGUGGUGGUGAUUGCAGUGACUGUAGUGAUGGUGACCUACCUAGUGCUCUGGUACAAGAGAGAAGGGAAAAUGACUGUUCCUCGAGACAUUCCCCUUACUGACCAGGGUCAAAGUGCAGCCGCUACCUACGAGACCGUCCCUGCCACAUAUGAGGAGAUCCCAGCCUCCAGAGAGGUCAAAGGUGACUACAGCUACACACAGAACAAUGCCUACUCGACUGUGAGUGGGCGUGAGGCUCCUGCUGCUGGAGGAAUACAAUAACUGAACUAUCACAUGACUCAAGUAGAAAAUAAUUAUGUCAUUGAAUUUUAUUUGUUAGUUUGUACAGAGCACACAGUUAUACGUACUUCAUCAGCCCCUCCCCUUCUCACAAUGUGUUUCACCUCAAAAAUUUGAUGGCAUUCAAUGUAAUAUAAUAAUGGGGUACGUUUGUGUCAA